AUGCCGGAACUUCUGAAGGGCACUUGGCUCAUCGCCAACAACAGAUUCUGGGAGACAAGGGCAGAGUUUAUCCACAGCUUCCAGGAAUUUUUCCUGCCCAGAGGCUUCAUGACGAAGCUGGCAGACCAGGUCAGGCAGAGGAAGCAGCGGCAUGGCGAGUGCUGCAAAGAUUAUAAGGUGGACAUGCAGAUCCUAAUGUGGCCUUUGGGGAUGUCCCAGAAAGAGAUCUUAAAGAGGAUAAGGGAGAACAGCACUCCAGCUCUACGAAUGUUUGUCCGCCCAUACGAGUGCCGACACUUGGAUGAUCUGAUGGCCCUGACCGACGAAUUCGAGGAACUGGACUCCCAAAGGGAGCGGUUCGAGUCAGAGCGGACCCACAGAGCCCACCACCAGCGGGAUUUCACAAGAGGGGAACAGCACGCGAUGCAUGUGGAGAUCAACGCCAAGGUCGACGAGUUGCUACAGAAAGGGUGCAUCGAGCCGUUUAGGUACAGCUCUCCCAUAGUGAUGGUGAAAAAGAAGACGGGUCAAUGGCGCGUUGGACAAGGUGGACCCGAGAUGAUGCCACACGCAUUUGCGUACCAGGACGACAUAAUCGUGAUCGGACGGACACAACAAGAACACAAGCGCAACCUGAAAGAGGUUUUCCGGAGGCUAAGGGCGGCCAACCUGAAAGUUAACGCAGAGAAGUGCAAGUUUUUUCGAAAGGAGCUACAAUACCUGGGCCACCGAGCGACGGAUCAGGGCAUCGGAACGGAUCCGGAGAAAGUACCGGCAAUAGCUCAGCUAAAGCCCCCGGGAAACUUGAAGGAGCUGCGACAGUGCCUAGGAGUGGCGUCGUGGUACAGACGUUUUGUACCGGAUUUUGCGACGUUGGUACAACCGCUGAACGCACUCCUCAAGAAACAGGCAAGGUGGGAAUGGACAGACGCCCACCAAGAAGCGUUCGAGGCCGUCAAAACCAGGGAGGAUACGGAGAAAGUGCCCGACAUGGAGCUGUCGGAGGAAGAGGCGGUGGCCGAAGGGCCAGUUGCGUACUUGUCCCUCUCUUCGGAGAGUUAG